AUGGAUGGAUCUUUCGUUGAAAAGGAGAAAACAGCCGCCUGUGUUCGUAAGUCAAUUUCUACUACGAGCAAUACAGUUAAUGGUUAUGGAACUUUGCUGUUGCAGACAUUGGAAAGUCGUAAAGCAAAACUGGACGGUGAUUCAAGUGUAAGAUCAUAUUGUCAAGGUCUUAUAAAACUCUCUCAACGUCAUUUCGGAAUCGUACUGUUAUGCAUUAUUCUUGGUGGCCUAAUAUUUGCAACUUUACCUGAGAAUAUUUUGCUCAAUUCUUGCUCUUUGAUCAAAAUUACAAGUCGUGUUUUGCUCCCUGGCCUGGCUACUUUAUGUCUCUUUUAUUGGGCUAGUGUUACCGUUCGAAAAUACUUUGAUUCACAGGCUUCGUUUGUGAUAGUUCCUGUAUUUUUCGUCACAGAACUAUGCCUUCAAAUACUAAGAUUUUUCAACAGUGACAAUGAUCAUAUUUCAACGUACAUCACUGUCGUCGUUAUGAUGCUAAUGCCGUGUUAUUACUUAAUACCAGAAUGUAGGAAUGAAGGAACAUGUAUGUUCGCGUCCUGCUUGUUGAUAAUCAACGUUUUUGACAAGCUUGUUACAGCAAAUAAUAGUGGAUUUUUUAGAUAUAUUUUUAUAAACUUAUCGGCCGUGCUGGGAGAAUUUUUGACGCGAAUGGUAAUUCUUCCCACGUCACAGAAGCCAAGUGAGAUUGAAGCGAAAAUUUCACUUACACCUGCGAAAACUAAUCUUAAAAUCGUCGAAAUUCGGCUGCAUCGGGCACCAAUAAUCGAAGGAGAACUUCAUUACCAGUGUUGA